AUGAAGUUGAGUGGGAAAGGCGCGUGCACCGUCUUCUCCAGCAGCCUCCUCUUCCUCAGCGCCCUCAGCGAACUUGUGGUCGGAUUAAGAUGCGUCUCUCUGGGCUCCACGGUCAAAGCCCAGUUCCACCUCGGCGCCGCAGCGGGAGCCUUCUACUCCGGGCUCCUGGUGGGGGUCGGCCAGCUCCUGCUGGGCUCCGCGCUGCUCUGCUGCAGAGAGAAACCCGGGUGCAGGAACCUCUUCCUCCUCGGUGUGGUGGUGUUUCUGCUGGGGGUGCUCACCGCCUUCUCCGGGGCGGUCGUGGACGGGGACACGGCUUCUCUGGUGGAGAGGAAAUAUUCACACUACUGCUUCCACUCAGCUGUUGCCAACCCAGCCUGCGAGACGCUGAGGGAUUACCAGCGGACCCUGGUCAUCUCCACGGUCCUCAGCACCUUAGAGUGCGUCCUCGGCCUCAUCAACCUGGUGGUCAUCAAAAGGUACAAGCGGGAGCAGGUGUCCAGGAGCAGGGCGGCUCAGAGGCAGCGUGCCGGGGCCAUCCUGUUCAGAGAGGAGCGGGACUGCUCCUCCGGGGAUUUCCAGCCGGUGUCUUACAUCAACCUGGGGCUUUUCCACGUGUUCGAUGAGACGGCUGCAGAGGUCCAGUGUGGGGGGCACCCGUCCAGUGAGCUGCCGGGAUACUCACCCACGGACCCCGAACUCAACCACUGCUUCCCCUUCUCCUACCCGGUGCCCACGGACCUGCCGCCCGCUUACGAUGACAUUUUCCCCGCUGAGGCAUGCGACACAUAG